AACAAUGACUUAAUUGUACUGGUAUCAUUCCUAUGCAUCGAGGUCAUCUUGCUGGCUCUGAUCACGGACUUAGUCCUAGUUAUGACGUUGCUUCCAUUUUGCUUUCGUCACGUCACGUGCAAGAGACCACUUUACUACGCUGUUAGGUUUUUCGUUUUCUUGGCCUGGUAUUCUCUUUCAGUUUUUUCUCAUCAGCUUUAGUGUGUCGCAUAAUAUUUGAACUUUACUACUUUCCAUGGUUUCUAGACACGGUCUUUCCUUCGGUUUUUUGCGGUCAUUUGUUUCAGUCUCUUUUGUGCUUUAGAGUAAAAAUUGACUCUAGAAAUCUAAAAUUUAUAGCUUAUUUGCAUUUAGGACCUGAUUUUCUUACGUUUCAUGAUCUGGAACACUCUUGAUUCAGCUUUUUUGUUGCUAAUUCACAAGAAUUGAUCAAGAUGCCUCUGUGUAUCUUUCACACCAAUAUGUCUGCAGAUCGAGUCAGCGAUGAAGUCCAUUCGAAGCUUUCAAAGAUCAUCUCCGAGAUGACAGGAUCCAACGAAACGUCGAUCACCGUCGAACUACGGACGGGCAAGAAAAUGUGCCGGGCGGCCAAUCCCGAUGUCGACUGGGGAUUCUUUGAGCUUCACGCCAUCGGUGUAUCUGGAGACCCCGACCUCAACCGUGAGCGCGCUGGCAAGAUCUUGACCUUCGCAGAAACCGAGAUCGGACUACCGCAAACAAGUUGUUUCUUCAUGAUGCACAACAAUGACCCAAAGCACAUUGGACUAGGUGACAACAAGUUGUGCGCUGAUCGCCCCCAUUUUAAAAACUACACGCCCAUCGAACUCUUCAAUGACAUGCGAUCCUAGAUACAAGAUAAAUGUCGUGAAUUUAAAGGGAUAGUUGAGUUCUGUUUUCAGACCGCAAGUGCCUUCAAAGUGCAUGGUUAUUGCUCUUAUUCUUAUCUAUGACAUUUCUAGUGCCUUUUUAGAACCUAAAAUUGCUAUGAAGGUAAUUUUAGACCCCAAAAUGUCUGAAUUUAGCCAAUACGAUCAUACCAAUUCAGCUCCAUUUAAAAAAAAUACCGUGACCGUUAAUUAAUUAUUUAAUUAAAAAUAACAAUACAUGGGCAGGCUGGUUGUGCAUAAUAUAGAAAUCGUUAAAUUUAUGGAUAACCAACACGAAAAUGCCAACAAAAAAGCCAACAUCGGCAUUGGCUGAGAUAAGACGUAAAAGGUGAUAUUUCGUUUUUUAACGGCUUUUUCAAAUUAUCUGAUAUUUGUGGUGGUACACAAGUUUUAGAAAUCGUUAUAUUUAUGGAUAUUUCAGCUGUCUCUGAACCGAUUUUGAUCAAACAAAGAUGAUUUUGUCAUUUAAAUUGUAUGUUCUUUCAAAUUUGACACUCAGUUUUUAUUAUCCCUUUAACUAUCCCUUUAACUGAAAGUCACACAAAUUUCCUUCUGUUUUUCGGUACAAUGUAAUAAAACAUAUCGUUUCACAAAAUCGUUUUGAGUACAAGUUCACCGAAACCAUAAUGAAACACGUGUUAAAUUGAAUACACGCAUUUCAGCGGCUUGUCGGUGAACUUGUAUACUUGUGGCGGGUUCGUGAAACGGUGCCCUGCAAGUACAUAUCAAUAAUUUAACACAUUGGAGGCGGAAACCAGGAAAGCAAGGCUUGUGUCGGAAACGCCCAUAACAAAUAAACACAAUUGUGUGGCUGUAAGAAACAUCAUUAAGUAGUGAACCAGUUUCUUUCAUCUAAA